GCUGUAAUUUUAGGACGCCGAAUCAGAAAGAUACAAUCGGCGAUGAGCUCAGCACCUGACGGGCCCGACGAAAGCCUAGGGUCUGAUGAUCCCCUGGAUCAUGCUGCAUUGACAUCGACUUUGAACUCUAUGCUGGUAUACGCGAAAGCUGCCCAUUUCAAUCUCACUACUCCACGCCGGCGCGCCAUAACCCAGCUCGCACCCGCCCAUCAGUCAAUCCUAGAGCCAUACUACAGCAACUAUCUGGCAUCAAUUGACCGCGCCAUAACUACAAACAGUCAGUUUCUCCAGUUGGUAGCUCAGAUAGGCGCGAAUGACUUUGAGGCUCCCCAAGACCGGAGUAGUUGGCAAGGAGCGACGGCGCUGCAGGUUGAUCAGACAAAAGGCACGCUCAAGCAGCUCUUCAGAGACUGGAGCGCAGAGGCAAAGGCUGAGAGGGAUGUUAUUUAUAAUCCGGUAAUUGAUGCACUAAAUAGGUUGUUUACAGACGAUGAGAGAUCAACGACUCGAGUACUCACCCCCGGCGCAGGCCUUGGACGGCUAGCUUACGAGAUCGCUGCUGAAGGAUAUAGCUCUCAGGCGAACGAGUUUUCAUUUCACAUGAUCAUCAUGUCUAAUUUCAUAAUCAACCAUACGGAAGAAGACUAUCAGUUUUCUAUCUAUCCAUUUAUACAUUCGUUCUCGCAUAACGUGAGCGCAAGGAACCAGCUUCGAGAAGUCCGGAUCCCAGACGUCUGUCCCAGUAAAAACCAAAGCAGAUCCAAAGGCGAUUUUUCUUUCACUACAGGGUCCUUUGUAGAGGUUUAUGGCCCUCAGACAAACGCUUCUGAACAGGCUAUUACUGAAAAAUGGGACGCGAUUGUCACCGUGUUUUUCAUAGAUACGGCACACAACGUGCUGGAUUACAUCGAUACUAUAUCAUACGCGCUACACGAUGCAAACGAGAAAGCAAGCUACUGGAUCAAUUUUGGACCACUACUGUACCAUUUCGAGGACGAGCAAAGCACGCGAUUUGAAAACAGUUCAGGGUCUAGCUACGACGAAUCUAAUCUCAGCGUGGAACUGCCGCUGGACAAAUUGGUCGAAGUGAUCGAGACCGCUGGGUUUGUGUUUUUGGAACUGAAGACUGGUAUCAAGGCUUCUUAUGCCAGCGAUCCGAAGGCGAUGGGAGCUUGGAUUUAUGACUGUGUCUUUUGGGUUGCGAGAAAGCGCAGGCCUGGAGAGGAAUAUGUGAGCUUUGUAGAUAGAGUAACAGACCAGAAUUGAGAGCCGAGCCGCACCAUCUCCAAUC